AUGCCAGAGCAGCGGCACAAAUCGCAUUCUCUUCAUUCCUCUACAGAGAAGAAGAGAAAAACUUUUCGAGAGACGCAAAACGAAAAGGUCAAGGCUGCCUUCAGAAAAGCAGCGCAGUUAUGGAGGGACGACACGUGCAUUGAUAUCAAAGAAUACAAGGAUUUCAGCGACCCGGGUUUUACUGUGAAUUUCCUUGACGUGGAAGAUGGAGACGGAUGCGUUUCGCAAGUUGGUAAACCAAACGAAGGUCCGCAACCUCUCAGACUCGGCAAAGGCUGUGGAUCGGUAUGGGUUCAGAGC